UACACUGGAAAGUAUCUUUACAAAUCUGCUAAUUGAGGGAGCGCAAGAAGAACUAUCAUUCCGUACAAUGGUAUGUGAUCUGAGGACAAGGUUCCCCAUGCUACAAAUUGUCCUCUUAAAUUCAAGAGCCUGGUGUUGCUCUGGCCAUUGCUACGAAAAUGCUGCAACAAGAGGACUUCCUGCGAUACACAUGCAACCUGUGGUUAAGGUUCUUUUUUCAGAUUGUAGUGCUUCCACAGACGCCAAUUCAGUAGUUGCUAAGGAUAGGUCAGUCCGGAAUGGUACUGAAGAAGUGUACAUGAUGAAUCGUGAAAUAGAAGGACUUACAAGAUCAUUAAAAUCAUCAAUUGCUAAACUGCCGCAUUCAUGCUCUUCAUUGCAAGGAAUGUCUCUGUCAUUCCUAGGAAGGUAAGAAAAAAUUAUCGUCUGCCUACAUGUUAUGUAAAUCGUAGGCGUGGCAGAAUUUAUUUGUUACCAUUUUAAAUGAUUCGAUGCACUUCAUCUGUCAUUAUUUU